UUCGAUUUUUUUUCCUCUCUUUUAAAACUUCAUUUUUCUUAUAUUUUGAAUGCUCCGAAUAUUUUUUCUCUUGGUUCUAUAGAUCGAAAGGUGGAUUAAGAAAUCGAGCGUGGUUGAGGGAUCUGCACUUAAUUAGAUCGUGAUCGAAAGGAAUUAGUGUUUUGGAUUUGAGACUGAGGGAAUUUAGGGUUUGGAUAAGGGUCAAUUUGGGAGGUUGCUGCAGGGUAGGGUUUCGAAUUGGUGAAAGACGGGGCUGUGCGACAAAUUAGAAAGGGAAAAAAGGAAGAUACUAAUAAGGAGUGGGGUAUUGAUGGUACUAGAAGGUGAAAAUGCAAGGCUAUGUAUGGGCGGGGAGGAGGUGAGGAGAGGAAUAAGGUACGGCACAUGUGGACAGUCCCUACACGUGCAACGGCGGUUAUAAGUCCUGAUGAUGGUGCUUAUCCCUCUUAUUCUUCUUCAUCUACUGUUAAUUUCUUUUCGAAGGAUGGACGCAAGAUCAGUGUUGGUGACUGUGCUCUCUUCAAACCAGCCCAAGAUUCUCCACCUUUUAUAGGAAUAAUUCGUUGUUUAAUUUCUGGUAAAGAAGAUAAGUUAAAGUUGCGUGUGAAUUGGCUUUAUCGACCUGCUGAAUUAAAGCUUGGCAGAGGCACCCUGUUCGAAGCUGCACCAAACGAAAUCUUUUAUUCCUUUCAUAAGGAUGAGAUUCCUGCUGCGUCAUUACUCCAUCCGUGUAAAGUUGCAUUCCUUCCUAAAGACGUUGAUCUUCCUUCAGGAAUCUGCUCAUUUGUGUGCCGCCGAGUUUACGACAUUACAAAAAAAUGUUUAUGGUGGCUAACUGAUCAAGAUUUUAUUACUGUACAUCAAGAAGAAGUAGAUCAUCUCUUAUAUAAGACACGUUUAGAAAUGCAUGAAGCAGUACAACCUGGUGGUCGUUCUCCAAAGCCAAUGACAUCACAUUUAAAACCUGGUUCAGAAAGUGCACAGAACAAUGCUUCCUCACUUCUUUCACCGGGUAAAGGAAAGAAAAGGGAGCGUGCGGAUCAAGGCUCUGAGCCUGUCAAACGGGAACGUAGUGGUAAAAUGGAGGACGGGGAUUCUGGUCAUGGUAGACCAGAAUUUGAUUUGAAAUCUGAGAUUACUAAAAUUACCGAAAAGGGAGGACUAGAGGAUUCUGAAGGGGUUGAGAAAUUGGUGCAGCUCAUGAUGGCCGAGAGAAAUGUGAAGAAAAUAGACCUGGUGAGCCGCUCCAUCCUUGCUAGUGUAAUAGCAGCUACAGACAAGUUUGACUGCCUUAGUCAUUUUGUUGUUCGGCUCAGAGGCUUGCAUGUUUUUGAUGUGUGGCUCCAGGAAGUCCAAAAAGGGAGGAUUGGUGAUGGUAGUUGCUCGAAGGAUGAUAAAUCAGUUGAUGAUUUCCUUUUAACUGUACUACGAGCCCUUGAUAAGCUACCUGUAAAUCUUACUGCUUUACAGAUGUGUAACAUUGGCAAGACUGUUAAUCAUUUAAGGAGCCAUAAGAAUAUAGAAAUACAGAAGAAAGCAAGGAGCCUAGUUGACACAUGGAAAAAACGAGUUGAGGCUGAGAUGGAUGCCAAGUCCAGUUCAAGUCAGGCUGUUCCCUGGCCCGCAAGACCUCGUCCUUCUGAAGUUUCUCAAAGUGGAAGCAAGCACUGUGCCUCACCAGAGGUUGCCAUGAAGAGUUCAGUAACACACCUUUCUGCCUCUAGAACUGGUUCGGUUAAGCUUGCUCAAGGAGAUAUUUCAACCAAGUCCGCUUCACCAUCGCUGGGACCUAUGAAAGCAGUAUCAUUGUCUACUUCAGCCAGUGCAAACUUAAAAGAUGGGCAUGCACGAAAUGCUGUUGUUGUUGGCACCCCUGACCCUCAAACAACCACAAGGGAUGAGAAAAGCAGCAGUUCAAGUCAGUCCCACAGCAAUAGUCAGUUGUGUUCUGCUGAUCAUGCAAAGACUGCGGGAGUUUCAAGAAUGGAAGAUGCAAGAAAUUUUGCAGCUGGUUCAGGAACAGUGACUAAGAUUUCAGGUAGUUCUUCACGGCAUCGACAAUCCAUUAAUGGUUUCUCAGGGCUAUCGGGUGUUCAGAGGGAAAUAUCAAGUAAAAUUUCUUCACUUCACAAGACUCCUGCUUCUGAAAAAAUAUCACAGUCUGGCUUAACAUUUGAAAAGGCAGUAGAUUCUCUUAUGGCUGAGGGUACUAAUAAGUUUGUUGUUAAGGUCCCUAAUCAUAGUAGAAGUCCAGCAAAGAAUACCGGUGGAGGAUCUCCUGACGGUCAUUCGGCCAUGAACAGAGCUUCUUCUCCUGUUAUUUCAGAGAAGCAUGAACAGUUAGAUCGUAACAUGAAGGAUAAGACUGAUACUUACAGGGAAAAUGUAAUCACUGAUGUCCACACUGAAUCUUGGCAGAGCAAUGACUUCAAGAAUCUGCAGACUGGGUGUGGUGAAGGAGAUGGUUCAGCUGCAGCUGUUCCCAAUGAAGAAAACUGUCAGACCAGAGAAGAUGCCAGGAAAUCAAUUGAUGUUACAAAAACGGCUUUGUCAUCUUCUGGAAAUGAACUUAAAUCAGAAAGACUGCAGGAGGCUUCUUUCAGCUCGAUGAACGCUUUAAUUGAGAGCUGUGCCAAAUACUCUGAAGCAGAUGCGUGCAUGCCAGUUGAGGAUGAUGCUGGAAUGAAUUUGCUUGCCAAUGCAAUUGCUGAAGAGAUUUCUAAAUCAGAUGUGGCUUCACUAAUUGAUUCUCAACAAAGAAAUACCCAUGUUGUCAAGAACUCUUCCACAGGCAAUGGUACAGUAUUAAAAUAUUCUGCUGGGGAUGAGGUCAUUCAAGAUCCAGAUCAGUUUGUUGAGGGUGCAGAUGACGAGCAUUUAAAGCAGGGUGUAGUUGUAGGUAAUUCAGAGCCUGAUCAUGCAGACAGCAAGAUUGGUUCCUCUCAAGAAAAAUCUGGAGAGUUAAAUGAACAUUUAACUUUAUCAAAUAUGGGUCUGCCAGAUACUGCAGACCAAUUUCUUGAAAAUGGUAAAUUGAAGGAAACUAUGACAGCUGCUUUAGUCAAUUCAUCCACAGUCAGCUUCGUGGAGAUGAUUACUGAUAUUGGGGAUUCCAAAGAGCAUCUGGAGAAAAAGGCUGGUGGAGUGGAUGAUGAUGCAGGUUUUGAUACUAAACAAAAGGGGAGUAUUUCUUUGGUAGAUGAAGUGGUCACGAACACAGUUCUGGAUGUUGAGGAAGAAGUGGUUGAAGGAUCUUCAUCUUUACUUUCUGUGGAAAUUGAUGUUGAGCACCAGAAAAAUGUCCCCGGUAGUUUUGACAGAAGUUCACAGUCUCGUCAGAAGGCACCAGCUGUUAUUGGACAUUCCACCAAAGGAACAGAUAAAGAAGCAUUGCCUCUCAGCUCUAAGGAUGUUGAUGAAAAGGUUGAGAAGGACAUUGAUGAAAAGGUUAAGAAGGAUGUUGAGGCUGAUGCACAUUGCCAUGCUAGUCACGGUGAGAAGCAAAAGCCCGAGUGGAAAACUACCCCUACCCAGAAAGGUGAGCAUGUGCAGGAGAUUUUAGAAGGUAAUGAGGAUUGUGAACCCGAAGCACCAUCUCCUUGUAAGGUAUCAGCCUCAGUAAUGGAACCAGAACUACCACUAAGGCCAAGGGGAUCCAAGUUGACUGAUGCCAAAGCAGAUGAAGCUGAAGAACAUGCAUCAACCAUUACAUAUGCUCAUGCUACAGAUAGUGCAGAUACUGAUGCGAAAGAAGAAUUUUACUUGAAUGAAGGUUUUAAUGUGCAUGAGGGGAAAUUUGGGGAAAUGAAGAAUUUAACACCACCAGGGUGUUCAGCUCCUGUCCAAUUAAUUAGCCCACUUCCUUUUCCUGUUUCUUCUGUAUCUAGUGGCCUUCCCGCUUCAAUUACUGUUGCUGCUGCUGCAAAGGGGCACUUUGUUCCCCCAGAUGACCUACCGAGGAGUAAAGGGGCCUUUGGUUGGAAGGGGUCAGCAGCCACAAGUGCAUUUCGGCCAGCUGAACCCAGAAAGACUUUGGAUAUACCUCUUGGUUCAAGUAAAACUUCCAGUCCUGAUGCUACUUCUGGGAAACAAAGUCGUCCUCCAUUGGACAUAGAUUUGAAUUUACCUGAUGAGGGAGUCCUAGAGGAUUUAGCUUCCCAAAGUUCUGCUCAGGGAAAAUACUGUGCACCAGAUCUUACAAAUAAUCAUGAUUUAACAUGUGGGUUGAUGGGUUCUGCUCCCAUUCGACCCUCUGGGGGACUUGAUCUUGAUUUGAACAGAGCUGACGAGCCUGCCAAUAUGCCUAAUCACGCAAUUGGCAAUAAUCAUAGACUUGAAGUCUUUAUGCAGCCUAUCUCACCAUCUUCAACUGGAGGUAUUCUUAAUGUUGAGGCAAGGUUGCACAGAUUUGAUUUGAACAAUGGACCGGUUGUUGAUGAAGUGAGUUGUGAGCCAUCACCAUUUAGUCAACAUGGCAGAAGCAGCAACAUGGCAUCUCAACCACCAUUUCCCAGACUGCAGAUAAACAAUACUGAGAUAGCAAAUUUGUCUUCUAGGAUUCCAUCAAUCUUGACGGAUAGGGAACAGCCUUUUCUAAUGGUAGCAACUAGUGGGCCCCAAAUGGUGUUGGGUCCCACAAAUGGUGCCACCCCUUUCGGUACUGAUGUAUACAGGGGACCUGUGUUAUCAUCUUCACCAGCAGUGCAGUUCCCAGAGACCCCGUUCCAGUAUCCUGUGCUCCCCUUUGGAAAAACAUUUCCUCUUCCUUCAACCAGCUUUUCUGGUGGUUCAACAACUUAUGUUGAUUCAUCUGCUGGGAGGCUUCCUUUCCCAACUGUCCAUUCACAAUUGUUAGGACCUGCUAGUGCAGUUCCGUUCCAUUUCCCAAGACCCUAUAUCGUUAACCUUCCUGAUGGUAGUAAUAGUAGUGGUGCUGAGAGUGGUAGGAAAUGGGGAAGGCAAGGUCCUGACUUAAAUGCCGGUCUUAGUGGCUCAAAUAUUGAAGGAAGAGACGAGACAACACCUCUUGUACCUAGGCAACUAUCUGUUGCCGGUUCACUGUCCCCGGCAGAGGAGCAAGCAAGAAUGUAUUUGGCACCAGGUGGCAUUUUCAAAAGAAAGGAACCUGAGGGUGGAUGGGAUGGAUACAAGCAAUCUUCGUGGCAGUAGGAAUUCUUAAAAUAUUCACAAUCUGGUUAUCUAUGAAAGCUUGCAAGUCAGUUAUGUUUCUUGGCAGUAGGAAUUCUUAAAAAAUCAGGCAUAUACAUGCACUAAAAACUUUGCUUGGAUAAGUUUUUAAUUAUUCAGUAGAAUUCUUAAAAACUUUGCUUGGACAAGUUUGAAAUGAUGAUUUAGUUUUUAGAAAGUUGAUAGAAAU